GUGGUGAUAGAAUAAGUAUUUCCACAAAGUCUGAAAGCUAUCUCGAAAACAUCCAAGCGUCGAAUGGAUAUAUAUAACAAGCCCACUACCGACCUCCAACUUUUUUUGAAGUCAAAAGCAACAACCUGUUCCUCCUCACCAAUAACUAAGAAUCGCCUCAACACUAAAACCCACAUGUACCGACCCAACACAGCCAACACAACCAAGACCACCACCACCAAGUACACUCCCUACUACGACCCUUGGUCAAACGUCAAACCCCUUCCCCUCUACAAUCAAGCCAAGAGAGACCAAGACAUGGACAACAACUACCGCCUAGCACUCACCAGCACCAGAGACCAAGAAAGCUGGUGGCGGAAACUAUUAAGGAAUGUUAUCUGCUUGCCGCUGAUGUUGUUGAGCGGGUAUAUCAUUCUGGGAAUCAUGUUUGGAGUGGCGGUUUAUACUGUUGGAUGUGAGAUAUUCCCUUGAUAUUUACCCUUUACCUGUUAUGAGUGAGAUGGAGAAGGGGAUGGAGAGAAAAGG